GGUUAGGGUUUGUUGGACAACCGGCCGCCGCUCAAGCAUCGAUCUCGACUCGCCGUCAGUACUUCGUCGGCCCGUCUUAAUUUUUUGAUUCGUUGUUCUGAUCGGAAUCUGAUUUGGUUUUUUUCUUCUUGGUAUUUGCUUAUUAUGUACAUCUCUGUUCUUCGAUUUCGAAAUACAAAUCGGAAAACGGGGCUGGAGUUUGGCUCUUUGGCUGAAAAAUCCGGUGCCAUAGAGAUGAAUGCAGCUCCCUAGAUCAAAUCUUUCAACCUUGUCACCAAAUUCGCUAUUUUUUCUUUCUUGUAUUUUGGCGGAUUUAUUUGAUAAGGCUGAGACAUCUUUUUCAUUUGUUUCUCACUAAAUCAAAGUGUUUUAA